AUGUGCAGCCCUGAGGAGGAGGCCCUGCUGCGGCUGGAGGAGGUCUUCUCCUCCACCCUCGCCCGCAUCAACAGCCUCGUCCUCCAGCCCCUGCUCACGGCUGAGCCCUCGGACCCCCAGGGCAGAGAGUGCCUGCGGCUCUUGCAGCAGCUACACAGGAGCUCCCAGCAGCUCUGGGAGGUGACGGAGGAGAGCCUGCACUCGCUGAGGAGGAGGCUGUGCCACCAGGACUCCGCCGGGCUGGAAUCCCUGCUGUUGUUGUGUGGCGCCGACCGCGUUCUACGGGUGCACGUAGAGUACAUCGAAGCCUACACUAGCUGCGUGGUGGUGCAGGCCUUUCAGAAGGCAGCAAAGAAGAGGAGGAGCUCAGAGGCCUCCGUGGGCACAACGCUGGUCCAGGCGCUCCGCCAGCCGCUCGCCCAUCAUGUGCAGCAGUACGUGCUCCUCCUGCUGAGCCUCGGGGACACCGUUGGGGAGCGUCACCCCACUCGGGAGCUGGUGGUGCACGCGGCCACCCUCUUUGGGAACCUAGAGUCCUUCAUGAGGCAGGCGCUGGACCAGGCCACCGCCACGCAGGCCCUCUGGCACACCCUGAGCAGCCGGCUGAGAGAUGUGCUCUGCACCCCUGCUCGCAGACUCCUGCAAGACAGCCAGGACAUACCUGUGACGGUCACCCCGCUACGGGCGGAGCGCGUGCUGCUCUUCGAUGAUGCCCUGGUCUUGCUGCAGGGCCACAGCGUCCACACCUUUGAUCUGAAGCUGGUGUGGGUGGAUCCUGGGCAGGACGGGUGCUUCCUAGAGGGGCUGCCUCCACAGCAGUGACCUAUCCUGUGUUUCCCCUGUCCCCACCAGAUGGUCUGGCAGUGGAAGGUAACUCAGGCUGUGUGCCAGGCCCUGCGUGGGAAGAAGGACUUCCCCAUGCUGGGGGCGGGCCUGGAGUCCCCCGAGCCCCCCACCUGCCGCUGCGUGGCAUACACCUUCCGCGCCGAGGGUCGGCUCUGCCAGGCCACCUACGAGGGCGAGUGGUGCCGGGGCAGGCCCCAUGGCAAGGGCACCCUGAAGUGGCCAGAUGGCCGGAAUCACGUGGGGAAUUUUUGCCAGGGCCUGGAGCACGGCUUCGGCAUCCGCCUGGUGCCCCAGGCCUCCGAGGACAAGUUUGACUGUUACAAGUGCCACUGGUGGGAAGGCAGCAUGUGUGGCUACGGCAUCUGUGAGUACAGCACCGACGAGGUGUACAAAGGCUACUUCCAGGCGGGCCUGCGGCACGGAUUCGGGGUCCUUGAGAGCCCCCCACAGGCCCCGCAGCCCUGCAAGUACACGGGCCACUGGGAGAGGGGCCAGAAGAGCGGCUACGGCAUCGAGGAGGAUGGUGACAGGGGUGAGCGCUAUAUUGGCAUGUGGCAGGCUGACCAGCGCCAUGGCCCAGGGGUCAUGGUCACCCAGGCAGGUGUCUGCUACCAGGGCACCUUCCAGGCGGACAAGAUGGUGGGCCCAGGGAUCCUCCUCUCUGAAGACGACUCCUUGUAUGAGGGCACCUUCACCAGGGACCUGACCCUUGUGGGGAAGGGCAAGGUCACCUUCCCCAAUGGCUUCACCCUGGAGGGCUCUUUUGGCAGCGGGCCAGGAGGAGGGCUGCAUACCCAGGGCCUGCUGGACACAGCCGCCCUCCCGCCAGAACCAAGUGGCACCCGUAAGAGGCAGCUAGGUGUGGGCGCCUUCCCCGCGGAGAGCCGCUGGCAGGGCGUCUACGGCCCCUUCCGGGACUUCGUUAGCGCCGGCUGCCCUGGGGACUUGCAGGAGGCCCUGCUGGGCUUCCACGUGCAGAACUCGAGGGAGCUUCGCAAGUCCCAGGAGUACCUGUGCUGCGAGAGGACCCAGCCCGAGGACCGCGCGGGCAGAAUGGAAGACGUCCUGGACGAGCUGCUGCAGCACCGGGAGCCCAGAGCCCUGCGGCAGUGCCUCAGGAAGGCUCUGAGCAACUCGCUACACCCCCUGGGAAAGCUGCUCCGGACGCUGAUGCUGACCUUCCAGGCCACGUAUGCCGGUAUCGGGGCCAACAAGCACCUGCAGGCGCUGGCCCAGGAGGAGGUGAAGCAGCAUGCCCGGGAACUCUGGGCCGCCUACAGGGGUCUGCUGCAGGUGGCCUUACAGCGCAAGGGCCAGGCUCCAGAGGAAGACGAAGAUACAGAGACAAGGGACGUGCAGGUGCACGGAUUGGUGCUGCCCCUUAUACUGCCCAGCUUCUACUCGGAGCUCUUCACGCUCUACCUGCUUCUCCAUGAGACGGAGGACGGUCUCUACAGCCAGGGCAUUGCCCACCUGAGCCUCUUCCCCGACACCAAGCUGCUUGAGUUCCUGGACGUGCAGAAGCACCUGUGGCCCCUCAAGGACCUCACGCUGACGACCAAUCAGAGACUCUCCCUGGUCAGGGACAAGUGCUUCCUGUCAGCCACUGAGUGUCUGCAGAAGAUCAUCACCACGGUGGACCCCAUGAAGCUGGAGGUGCUGGAGAGGACAUACGGGGAAAUUGAGGCCACCGUGUCGCGGGUGCUGGGCCAGGAGCACAAGCUGCCCAUGGACGACCUGCUGCCGCUGCUCACUCCACGGGUGUCACGCUCCAGAAUCCAGCACCUGGGAGCCGAGAUCCACCUGAUCCGUGACAUGAUGGACCCCAUCCACACGGGAGGCCUGUAUGACUUCUUACUCACGGCCUUGGAGUCCUGUUACGAACACAUCCAGAAGGAAGAUAUGAGGCUGCACCGCUUUCCCGGCCGCGGGGACUCCAGACGGCCCUGGUAG